AUGCCUUCACACAUCCUCCCCUUUUCGUCAGGGUCCUCCCAAGCCCGUCUAUAUCAUAGCAAGGGAUUCACGCCGAAGCGGGAGAAGUGUUCGUCAGACGAUGAACAUUCGAGCCAAUCCCAUGCUCUCCCAACAGCGUCCGAUCCCGAUCUCCCACAUCUCACCCCAUCACAAACUGUGCACAUGACUCAAAUCACCUCUAAGCCCGAGACAAAACGGCUCGCGACAGCGGCCUGCGACGUCGCCUUCUCCAACACCCGACCAUGGGAGCUCCUCCGCAAGGGCCAAGGCACACAUAAAGGCGACGUAUUCAGUGUUGCACGCAUAGCAGGCAUCAUGGCUGCCAAAAAGACACCUGACCUUGUCCCGCUCUGCCAUCCAGGAAUUGGCAUCACCGGCGUCGAAGUCAGUGUGGAGCUUGUUGGACCUGAGGGAAAAAAUGCCGAGGACUACGGCUCUAUGCAGAUUCUUGCCACUGUCAGCUGUUUUGGCCGGACCGGCGUGGAGAUGGAGGCUAUGACGGCUGCAACGGGCGCCGCCCUGACGGUGUAUGAUAUGCUUAAAGCCGUAGAUAAGGGGAUGAUAAUUGGUGGCGUGCGGUUGUUGGAGAAGCAGGGGGGGAAAAGUGGGCAUUGGAGACGUGAGGAGUAG